UACGCAACAAAAAUGGGAUUUUUUGCUAAAAUUUGUAAUCUCUGUUAAGUUUAAUGUGCAAUAAAACUGUUUACUUCUAAAAAAUGUACGCGUUUUAGCAACAUUCUCAAAUCUAUUUCAACGCUACUGAAGCUUUAAAGUAUUGUUUUUAUUACUUUUGCACUAUAUAAAACACAUUUUUUCAGUUACUUGUCAAAAGCAGCAAGUGAAAGAAGAAAAUUCCAAACUCUAAGAGAAUUUGUGGCACAGAACGUCCCCUCCACGUCUCUGAUCAUCUUGCUUCAAUACUUCCGACUGGUGACAGUAUGGCGCUGUUCCGUGUUCCGUUCCAGCCGAAUUCGUAAGGCCAGUAGGAAAGUCGUGUUAUCAGCCAUGGGAGUGACGUCAGCCCUCUGUGGCUUGGCGUUGAGGGUCCAUACCAUGUCACGUACGGCAACUCUCUCUGCGGCGAGUCCCACCUGCGGCAUCUCACAUCUGAGGCAUAUCAGAUCUGCGGCAUGGCACAUCUGCGGCAUGUCACAUCUUCGGAAUGUCUCAUCUGCGAAAGGUUUUCUUUUAUUAUACGAAAUUCAACAAUCUCCAACAAUCAGGAUCCUCGAUUUAACGAAAAUGAAGAUCCAUGUUUGUGCUCCUCUCUUCACUCUAGCGAUUUUCUUCAGUUUUAUUGAAUUAAGUUCACAGUACAAUGACAAAGUUCUUGUGGCCGACAAAAUCAUUCUUCCAGAUAGCCUGGAAAUCUUUUUCAAUGUAACCAAUAAUUUAGAUAUACUGAUAAAAGAUGGGCACAAUCAAGAAAAUUACGGGCUAAUACACUAUGAUUUUACUACCCUGGUUUGCGUAUUAGAAUUAUAUGAUAAAAAGUAUUGGGUGCGCAAAUUAAUGGUCAAAAGUCAACAAGUUAAGGUGGAUGCGAGCCAAACUUAUGAGUGGACUAAAGCUGACACAGACUUAUAUAAACUCGAUUUUGACAAAGAACUUCCCAAAAAGAAUAGUUGACAUUUCCGACUGCACGGAACCUUUUUUAUGUCGACAACCGCCCACGCUGAAGGAAAAACCAAUGUUCCUUUUCUUUCCACUGCUAUACAAUACAUAAAAAAAAUAAUAUUGGUCAAUAGUAAUUUCGAUCAUGCAUAGACAUAGUAUACAAUAAAACUAUUUUUUGAGUCCAUGAGUUAAUGCAAUCACUGUUGAUUAAUAUUAGUUUUAGUAUCAUUUUAUAGUAGUAAAAUAGUUCUCCCAAAUAGAGCCUCUGGUAUUAAUGCGCAUGCGUGAAUAAUCGCUUUUUAUUGGCUGUGCUUGACACAUGCGCAGUAGUGCAACAUCUUCGGGAGCACUUAGCUAAACGGCGCAAAAAGUAUGCCAAACGAAUAAACAAGAUUCGCCCCAACGAUUGUGCUAGUAGGUACUUACAACUGCUGUCGAUAAAUUCUUUCCGUGUGCAAAGCUCUUAAUUUUUUAUUUAAAUAAUAACACUCGGACAUUAUUUUGUAUUAGUUUUCUUCUAAAUUACUUUUCUAUUCUUAAGUUAAAAAUGUUCUAUAAUUUGGUGUGUAGUGCAUAAUGAAUUUCUGAAGUAAGUUUUCACUCUACCACUCAUUUAAAAUUAAGCAAUAAAAAAUAAGUUUAUUAAAAAAUAAAAAUCUGUAGAUUAAACCUUAUUUCUAAAUGAUUAUGAAAAGGUGGACAUUUGCUCUAGAAAUUUAUUGCACACCCUGCGUUUAAUUAUAUAAACAAUUUAAAGUUAUUGUAAUUUCUUUUCAAUCUACUGUUCUGGUUAGCCAUCAAUCAAAUUUUUUUUUCAAAUAUAGCAUUUUAUAAUCUAACAAAUUUCAUUUUAAUGUAAACAAAUUUUCCCCUUGAAUAAUGUAAAAUCGACUUUUUUGGAUAGGAUGUAACUUUCAUUCGACUGUAUAAUUGCAAGUAGUAAUCAUUUUGGUGUAAAUUAGUUUUAAGAUUUUUAUUCGACUUCGCCUAAAAAAUAAUAUUUUGUAAUGAGAAGAAUGUACCUGUAGAUUAAAGAAAUAAAUAGAUUUAAUAUCACA